UUUGCCUAUUUGGUACCCAGACCCACGCGGCGGCACCCGCCACCGAUCGAGCCGCUCCGGCGAGCGCAGCGCAGCCCACGGCAUUUGCCGAUUUGUGAAGGAGCGUGAAAAAGCCCUUCCCACGCUGGGCCCCGCCUCCGCGACGCGAGCCCACACGUCCGUUUCCGGUGCCUUGGCCAGACAGGCAGCCCAUGUGCUGAGCUCACAUGCCUGCCGCUCCCACACCUCGCCACCCUCCUGCCUCCUCCGCAUCCGCGCCCCCUCGCUUAGCCUAAACCGCGGGGCAGCUAGUCUCGCCACCGCAGGCCGCACCGGUCAUCACACCGGAGCGCACGCGGGGAGCCCCCGUAGAGUUCCGGGGCGACCAGGCCAACUAACGCCAUGAAGGAGGAAGGCGGCGGCGGGGACGCGGGGUUCGUGCGGGCGGACCAGAUCGACCUCAAGAGCCUGGACGAGCAGCUGGAGCGCCAUCUCACCCGCGCCUGGACCAUGGAGAAGCGCAAGGAGGAGGCCUCCGCCGGCGCUGGCGCCGGCGCCAGGCAGCACCAGCAGUCCCGGCGCCCGCGGAGGGAGGACUGGGAGAUCGACCCCGCCAAGCUUGUCGUCAAGGGCGUCAUCGCCCGCGGCACCUUUGGCACCGUCCACCGCGGCAUCUACGACGCUCACGACGUCGCAGUGAAACUACUUGAUUGGGGAGAGGAUGGGCAUAGAUCAGAACAAGACAUUGCAGCACUAAGAGCAGCUUUUUCACAAGAGGUCUCUGUUUGGCAUAAGCUUGACCAUCCAAAUGUAACCAAGUUUAUUGGAGCUAUAAUGGGUGCAAGGGAUCUGAAUAUUCAAACGGAAAACGGCCACAUUGGCAUGCCAACUAAUAUCUGCUGUGUCGUUGUGGAGUACCUUCCUGGUGGUGCACUAAAAUCAUUUCUGAUAAAGAACAGGAGAAAGAAGCUAGCUUUUAAGGUCGUUGUUCAAAUCGCUCUUGACCUUGCCAGGGGAUUAAGCUAUCUCCAUUCCAAGAAGAUUGUGCACCGUGAUGUGAAGACUGAAAAUAUGCUUCUUGACAAAACGAGAACCGUGAAGAUCGCUGAUUUUGGUGUUGCUCGCCUUGAAGCUUCAAAUCCCAGUGACAUGACGGGCGAAACUGGAACGCUUGGUUACAUGGCACCUGAGGUUCUCAAUGGAAAUCCCUACAACAGGAAAUGCGAUGUUUACAGCUUCGGGAUCUGUUUGUGGGAGAUAUACUGCUGUGAUAUGCCAUAUCCUGACUUGAGCUUUUCUGAGGUCACGUCUGCGGUUGUCCGUCAGAACCUGAGGCCGGAGAUACCACGCUGCUGCCCGAGCUCUCUAUCGAACGUGAUGAAGCGCUGCUGGGACGCCAACCCCGACAAGCGACCUGAGAUGGCCGAGGCGGUGUCCAUGCUGGAGGCGAUCGACACGUCGAAGGGUGGAGGCAUGAUCCCUGUGGACCAGCGGCCAGGAUGCCUUGCGUGCUUCCGGCAGUACAGAGGUCCAUGACAGAUAGGUGGAAACCUGUUGGAGCUGCGGCCUCUAGAUCUCGUGGAUGCCGAUCGAUCGCGUGUUGUUUUCUGGGGAAGCAAACUGGUUAAUGGAGCUAGCCCGCCUUACCGGCUCGUGUAAAUCCUCUGUCCAUCAAUUCUGUAACUCUGUUUUAUCGAUUAAUGAAAAGAACCGGGCUUGCUCGA